UCGCCUCUCGCUGACACGGAGCUGCUGGAUUUAUCUUUAAUCGUCGAUUUUCUUUUCAGUUUAUUUGAUUUUUUUUUUCUUCGCGACUGGAAAGUUAAGAGGGAAGUUUUGAGCUAUAGCUGUCCCGGGUGAAGUCUCAUCCCCAAGGUUGAGCGCGAGUGUCUAUUUGGGGGGUGUGACAGCACUCUCCUUACAGCUGUGCCGGGCUUGUUUAUGAGUCGAGCAGGUUGAGAAUACGGAGCCGUAGGAAAGGAAACACUCACCGGCAUGUUCUUGAGACGCUCACGGGCACUGACCGGCCGGCUGCAGGGCCAUUUGCUGGUCAGAACCGCCGCCUAAUUCGAGCUGAAUGAGCUUCAAGCCGGGGAGGUGGGGGCGACCGGUUCGAUGUUAUUGCCAUUCAUCCAUCAAACAUGGCAACUUUGAGAAGUAGCUUGUGGAUGACAUGAAUGACAAACAGGACAAGCCUUAUGCGUGCGGCGCCCAGGGCUGCUCUCAGCGCUUCCAGUUAGAGGAGCAUCUGGUCAGCCACAGACGCAAGCAUGAGAUGUCGCUCAAGUUCUCCUCCAUCAAGGCGGAUACGGCGUUCACAGACCAGACUCCGACGCCAACACGAUUUUUGCAGAACUGUGAAGAAGUUGGUCUGUUCAAGGAGAUAGAGGAAGAGUUUCUUCAAGCACAAGAAGAAGAGAAGAGCAAACAGAGGCUUUCUCACAAUGGGCCACCCUGUAUGAACCAGCAGCAGCUCAAACCCCAGCUUCAGCUCCAGCACCCACCCCAACCUCAGCACCCACAACCGCAGCCACACCAUCCUCAGACCCAUCUGCUGCAGCACCCUCACUCUCAUGGCCCCGUGAUGGGCCCCAGCUGCAGCCUGGCUGCCCAGCAAGCUCUGUCCUCCUCGCAGUGUGGGUCAGUCAUCGCCCAGGCUCCUUCCACCCUCACGCACUCAGGGCCCGUUCCCGGGUCGCUGUCCUCCCUCCUCCACAUGCAGAAGAGACAAAGACAACCGCUGCCAGCCUCCUUACCUGGCACCCUGCCAGACCCCACCAUGCAAGGGGCAUCUGCUCAGCACAUGCCUAUAGAGAAGCAAAUGUCGUGUAUAAUGGGUCUACCCGGUCCAGGACACAACACCUCCUGUUCCUCUCCCCAGAGAUCCAAACAGGCCCUGGGCCACCAUUUCCAACAGCACCACCCAGCAAUGGCCGCCAUCAACAACCCUGUGACAUCCAUGGGUCACAUGAUGGAGAUGAUGUCACAGCGUCAUCAGGCACCUCCACUACAACACCACCACCAUCAUCCUCAUCAUCCACAGCUUCAGGCUCCACCCCUCACCUUCCAGCAGCGAGGCCAUGCUUCACCUCCGCAGCAUCUGGAAAGCACCCACGGCCACCAAGCCCCGCCUCCCCAGCUGCACCAGGCCUCGCCACCUGGAACUCCCCUGUCUGUUUCAUCACAGUCAUCACCAGUUGCACAGCAGAUGCAGUCCUCCCAUUCAUCCCACUCCCAGCAUGCAGUGCAGGCUGGUGGAAGCUGCAGCAGUGGAGGAGGAGGAGGCAGCGUCGGUGGCGGCCGCCGCAGGAGGACGGCGGAGCAGGACCCCGACGAGCGCAGGCAGAAGUUUCUGGAGCGGAACCGGGCCGCAGCCACCCGCUGCCGACAGAAGAGGAAAGUGUGGGUGUCGUCGCUGGAGAAGAAAGCGGAAGAGUUGACGCAUACAAACCUGCAGCUGCAGAACGAGGUGACGUCAUUGAGGUCAGAGGUGGGUCAACUGAAGCAGAUUCUGCUGACCCAUAAGGACUGUCCCGUCACCGCCCGGCAGAGAGAGGCACAGGGGUACCCCACUGCAGGGAUGAGCCCAGGCGGAAGUCCCGCCCCUGUAGGUCCUGGAUCUCAUCUGCAGGCCAUCCAACACAACAGCAUCUCCACCUCCUCGACAGCUGUAGGCGACUCAGGGCACCAGCCCAGGCCUGGACGUUAGCCCUCACCACACGGAUGACGGGAUGCGACUGGAUUUCUAAAUCCGACCAGACUGAAUUAAUCUUUCUUUCAAAACUCUAGAGUCUCACUCAGCUGUGGAGCCAUGUGUCUUUACAUUGUAGAUGAAAUACUGAACUGGAUAGGUGAAUUCAUAAAUCCAUGUGAACACUGAGGUAUUUGUUCCUUUCUGGUUGGACAGGAGACCAGAACCACAUACCGUAUACAUUUCCACAACAGGUGCAAAAUCAACCAAAAUUUGAAAGCCUUGUUAGAAACUGCCAUCGCAAAAUAUGGCAACUGGAUCCUGUGUUUAUUAAGAAAGUGUUUCUGCUCACAGCAAUCUAAUCAUUGCCUGAUACCCACGGACUAUGUUCGAAAACACAUCUUUUCAGUAUGUUUUGCUUUUAUAACUUGCACAAAAAAAAGGCCAUAUUUUAGAUUUACAUUUCACAGAGCAUCUGCGAGCACACAUCUGAUGCUUUCUCUCAAAUAAUUCAUACUAAGACAAUACAUUUUUUAUUCAAAAUGUCUAGAUCGAACCCACAGCUGUUUUGGAAAGCCAUUUAGAACAGGAUUGUACAGUAAUUUCUUUCAUCUGCCCAAAGACACUAAUUACAAACUGCACCGUUUUUUUUACUACCCUUUUCAUAUGACGUUCAAUUUGUCUGAUUGUUUUUCACUAUAAACCUGUGGGUUUAAACAAUGAGAUUAUAGUUAUCAAUUUGUUUUGUGUGCAUACCGUAUGGUCUACUCUGCCAUCUAGUGACUGCUUUUGUCAGUGAUCGUUGGCUUCAAUAACUGGAGUGGUCAGAAAAGCAGAUCAUAGCCUGUUUUAUGUUUGACCGAUACAAAGACACAUGUAUGUCUUAAUGUAUAAAACACAAAGAAAGUUUUUAAAAAGUAA